AUGUUUAACAAAUAUCUUCUUCUACUUGUUGGUCUACUGGUUACCAUAUAUGUACCAACAAUAAAUGCUUAUGGCUAUUGUACAUGUUUCUGUUGUGAUGGUUCAGGUUGUGAACCAAUGUUUGACGGUAGUAUCGAAAUUCCAUCAUGUGAUGGUUCCGCUUGUCUUGAAGCUUGCAAGAAGACUUUUCCAUUAUCCUGCAAUAUUACAAGUACAGGUAAAGUUAAACCUGAUUGCAAGGAAGUUAAAGUUAUUAAUGAAACAACAACAACAACACAAAAACCUACUCCUUCAUCACCAUGGCCAGGAACUACAACUAUGAUGACUACAACAACUAAUGAAACUACAUCUAACACUACCUUAACAACAACAUCAUCGUCUAACUCUUUAUUCAAAUACUAUGCAACACGUCAAUAUAUUCUUGAAUUAUUCGAUAUCAUUCUAUUAGAAUUAAAAAUCGAUUCAACUACAUCAGUUGGAAACACAACUGUUACAACCACUACUACGAGUACUACCCGCCAAAGUUCACCACCAUCAUCAACCUCACUUACGACAACACCUGUUUCAACAGCAAAAACCUCACCAACAGUACCUCCAAAAACUACUACUAAAAGUCAUGGUGGUACUUCUAUUCUUCGAGAAAGUGCAUCAUUUACUGUUUUAUUUGUUACAUCAAUUCUUCUUAUUAUUAAAGUUAUCCUUUAA